AUGUCAGCUACCGAAGAAUCAACAUCACCAAAGAAGUAUCGCGACGUCGACCAUGCACAGGUCACAUCAGUCCUCCCCGACGGCGACGUGCCCAUAACCGAUCAUGCCCUCGCCUCUGACGAUGCGGUCUUGGUAGCAUUGGGUUACAAGCAGGAAUUCAAGCGCGAGUUUUCUCUGUGGACGACUUUCUGCGUCAGUUUCGCUGUGUUGGGGCUUUUGCCGUCAUUUGCGAGUACGUUGUACUAUGGCAUGGGGUAUGCAGGUACCGGUGGUAUGGUUUGGGGUUGGUUAAUUGCCAUGGUUUUCAUCCAGUGUGUUGCUAUGGCUAUGGCGGAGUUGUGUUCUGCUAUGCCGACGAGUGGUGGUUUAUAUUAUGCAGCAGCAGUUCUCGCGCCCCCCGGCUACGGCCCCUUUGCGGCCUGGAUCACAGGCUGGUCAAACUGGAUUGGGCAAGUGACAGCUGCUCCAUCGGUCGACUAUGCAUUGGCCGCCAUGAUUCUCGCUGCAGGCAGCAUCGCAAACCCGGAUUACGUCCCCACAACCUGGCAGACGUAUCUGCUCACCGUGCUCAUCCUCAUCAUUCACACCGUCAUCAGCAGUAUGCCUACCAAAUGGAUCGCAACAUUCAACUCGUGGGGCUCAACGUUCAACAUUAUCGCAUUGUUCAUUACCAUCAUCACGAUCCCAGCAGCGACCAGUAACAGUCCCAAAUUCACCUCUGCGGCUGAUGUCUGGGGCACAAUCUACAACGGUACCGAUUACCCGGACGGUGUUGCCAUUCUCAUGUCCUUUGUAGGCGUCAUCUGGACCAUGUCAGGCUACGACUCCCCCUUCCAUCUAUCAGAGGAAUGCUCCAACGCCAAUAUCGCGUCCCCGCGUGCCAUCACAAUGACAUCCGCAGUCGGCGGUCUGUUUGGCUGGUUCCUGCAGCUCGUCGUCGCCUACACCGUGACCGACAUCGAUUCCGUAAUCGGCUCUGACCUCGGUCAGCCAUGGGCCUCUUACUUGCUACAGGUACUGCCGCAGAAGACUGCCAUGGCAAUCCUGGCGCUGACCAUCGUCUGCGGCUUCUCCAUGGGCCAGGGAUGCAUGAUCGCCGCCUCCCGCGUUACAUACGCCUACGCCCGCGACGACUGCUUCCCGCUCUCAGGCUUAUGGAAACAAGUAAACAACCGCACGCAAACACCAGUCAACGCAGUCAUCCUCAACGGCGUACUCGGCAUCCUAAUGUGUCUGUUAAUUUUCGGCGGCACCGUCGCAAUCGGCGCCCUAUUCAGUAUCGGCGCAAUUGCUCAGUUCAUUGCCUUCGCAAUCCCCAUCGCGAUCCGCGUCUUUAUUGUGGGCGACAGAUUUAAACCGGGGCCUUGGAAUUUGGGGAAAAUGAGUAAACCCAUCGGUGCGACGGGUGCGAUGUUUGUGUUCGUCAUGUUACCUAUCCUGUGUCUGCCGAGUGUGACGGGUAAUGAUUUGACGGCUGAUUUGAUGAAUUGGACGUGCCUGGUAUAUGGCGCGCCUAUGUUGGCGGUUUCGAUUUGGUGGGUGGUUGAUGCGAAGAACUGGUUCAAGGGUCCCAAGGUUAAUGUUGAGCAUUCUUUGUACAUUGAAGAUGUUACGGGUGUGCCUCCUCUUCAGGAGGAGGGCGAGAAGGAGGAUGAUACUGCUGUCACUGUCUCUAAGGAUGGUGCUGAUAGUAAAGAUGCCGUUGCUUGA